AUGGCGGCCUCCAUACGAGCUAAGUGCGGCAGGUUGAUUUGCAGAGCGAGAGGCGCGAUCGGCGGCCAGCGACGCCACUUGGUCACAUCUUCGGGUGGUGGCUUCCCAUUCCGGCCGAGGCCGCUGCCAUUCCUGCUGGUGACGGGCGGCGGUUACUAUGGUUAUCAACAUUACAAGAAGCGAGAGGACAGUGCACCGCCCGCUCUGGCCACGCCUGCUCAGGUGGCGCUCUAUCGCUCCUUCCCUACCCGCCUGCUGUCCCGGGCGUGGGGGCGCGUCAACCAGGUGGAGCUUCCCACCUGGCUCCGCAAACCCGUCUAUUCGCUCUACAUAUGGACAUUUGGAGUCAACAUGCAGGAAGCCGCGGUGGAGGACUUGAGUCACUACCGGAAUCUCGGGGAGUUUUUCCGUCGCCGUCUGAAGGAGUCGGCGCGGCCGCUCUGCUCCGCCUCCUGCUUGGUAUGCCCGGCGGACGGUAAGAUUGUACACCUGGGUCGUGUGCUCGCUUCGGAGGUGGAGCAAGUCAAGGGGGUCACGUACAGCCUGGAGCACUUCCUGGGCCCACGUGACGGAUGCAGCCACGGGUCAUCAGAGGCGACGUCAUCACGUCCAUCCUUCCGGGACGGCCUCCUGUCCAGCCCCGACAACGAGCUGUUCCACGUGGUGGUGUACUUGGCUCCCGGGGACUAUCACCGCUUCCACUCUCCCGCCGACUGGACGGUGGAGCUCAGGCGACACUUCACAGGUUCUCUGAUGUCGGUGAGCCCGGGUGUGGCGGGCCGGGUCAAGGAGUUGUUCUGCCUGAACGAGCGCGUGGCUUUGAGCGGCCGAUGGCGGCACGGCUUCUUCUCCUUUACGGCCGUGGGCGCCACCAACGUGGGAUCCAUACGCGUCUACUUUGAUCAAGAACUGCAGACAAACGUGCCCCGCGACAAGGAAGGCGCUUUCCGUGACCUGCAUUACGCCGCCACAGGCGAGGGGGAUUUUGCCGGAGGGGGCGUGGCUUUGCGGCGCGGGGAGGCGGUGGGAGAGUUCAAUUUGGGCUCCACCGUAGUGGUCCUCUUCGAAGCCCCCAAAGAUUUCGCCUUCACCGUCAAGCCGGGACAGACUGUGAGGGUGGGCGAGGGUCUGGGCGGCCUUUGA